GUUUUAUAUUAAUUAUCUUAGCUUCGAAUCCCCACCGCGACCGAUUUGAUUUGCCGGCGACACAUCGCCGGAUCCCUUCGCCGAUUUCAUCCUCCUCAGAUCUAGUCCGGUGGUUGUCUCCUUUCUCCAGAUCUCUCGAUUCCAAUCGGAGAUUCGAUCUCCUUUUGUUGUCCGAUUACGAGGGUUGCGAUUGAGGCGAUCGAUGAGUUGUCUCAGCUCUCGGAUUCGAUGAGAUAGGCGGCGGCGCUGCUCUCCGAUGAAGAUCCAGAGGAGAGCUCUUCUUCGAGACGCCCUUCCACUUUCCUCAACGUCGUGGCCCUAGGGAAUGUGGAGAAACAAGCUGGAGGAAGCUGAUGUGUUUUGAUUCGUGUAUGAUGCGACCCAAGUCGGCCAUUUGAGUGAAAAGCCCUGCACAUUCGGAGCUCCAACAGUUGCGCACAUUCUAUUGGUGCCGGAAUCAGAAUCUCGUCCGUGUGGUCAUCGAAAAGCUACCUCUCUCUCUCCGGCUUCUUUUCUCAUUUCUGACCGAUCGAGAUGGCAAAUUCAUCCUCGUGGAAUCGCAGGUGUAGAUUCCUGAGAAAAUACGGGAAAUUUCCUCACUCCCCUUUCAAAACGAAAUGGCACGAAAAUCUCAAACACAGAGACGCCAUGGAAGAACUUAGACGAGUUCUGGUCGUGUAUUCGGGGAACCCAGUUCGUCAACAGGAGUGUUCGAGCGAGAACAGUGUUUUGUCGCGCCUCAUAAGCUCAUUCCGCCUCCAUAACUGCGACCCCACGCCUCAAGCUUACAGCUUCGUGAUAAAAACCCUAGCUAAAACCUCUCAGCCAGAAAACAUCGCCUCUGUACUCGAUCAUCUCGAAAAGUCCGAGAAUUUCGAGACAUCCGAAUCCAUUUUCGUCGAUGUCAUCAGGGUUUACGGAAUUUCCGGUCGAGUCGAAGAGGCCAUUGAUGUUUUCUCCAGAAUGCCCAAUUUCAGAUGUGUACCUUCUGCUGACUCUCUCAAUGCCUUGCUCUCUGUUCUUGUUAGAAAAAGGCAUGGUCUUGAAAGAGUUCAUGAGGUCUUGUCGAAAGCUUCUAGUAUGGGAAUUAGGCUCGAAGAAUCGACCUUUAGAAUAUUGAUCGGUGCCCUUUGUAGAAUUGGCGAGGUAGAUUCUGCUAUGGAAUUGAUAGAAUACAUGACAGAGGACGGCCAUAUUGUUGAUCCGAGGUUGUACUCUCUGCUAUUGAGUUCUCUCUGUAAGCAAAAAGAUGCGUCAAGCUUUGAUGUCAUCACAUUUCUGGAACAUUUGAAAAGAACUGGGUUUUGCCCAGGUUCGAGGGACUAUGCAAAUAUAAUGAAGUUUCUGAUCGAUGGAGGAAGAGGAAGAGAAGGUAUAGGUGUUUUUAACCAGAUGAAACAUGAUCGAGUAGAGCCCGAUAUUGUUUGCUAUACCAUCGUGCUGAAGGGCGUGAUUGCAGAUGGGGAUUACCCGAAGGCAGACGAGUUUUUCGAUGAAUUGCUUGUGCUAGGCUUGGUUCCUGACGUUUACACUUAUAAUGUGUACAUGGACGGUUUAUGUAAGCAAAAUGAUAUCAAGGGGGCUUUAAAGGUCAUGGCUUCAAUGGCGGAACUGGGUUGUAAGCCUAAUGUGGUCACAUACAAUAUACUGUUAAAAGCAUUGGUAAAGGCCGGGGAUUUGGUCCAAGCAAAGACUCUAUGGGAAGAGAUGGAGAUGAAAGGAGUUGAUCGGAGCAAACAUACGUAUGGUAUUAUGAUGGAUGGGUUAGAUGAAGUUUAUCAAGCGUGCGGUUUGUUGGAGGAAGCGUUGAUUUGGAGGUUAUGUCAGAAAGGUUUGGUGAAUAAAGCUGUGGAAUUUCUAGCUAGUAUGGCUGAUAAGGGUGUUUCUAGCCAUGAACAUGAUCAAACCCUGAUGUGGGCAAAGAUUUGGAUGGUUAGAACAGAACUGAACUUUGCUUUCCAGUUUCCAAUUGGUUGGGAGAUGUGGGCUCCAUUUCAUUUCCACGUUGGAUUCAAAGAAGAAGAAGAGCCUAUUGUUCUACAUUUAUUCUCGGUGGUUGUUUGUCUACAUAUCAUUGUUUGAUACCACUAACUAUGAACUCACCAAACUCCACAAUCCAACAUAUCAUUUAGUUUAUUAAAGAUUAUGUUAUUUAUUAUCAUCA